AUGGAAAAUGGGUUUCUUGAUAAAGUAGAAGAUAAUGCGGCUGUGCGAAUAUGGGCUGAGACGACACAACGAGAGAAAGGCGAUAGUCUUACCACGGGACACAUGUCAGAAUUGUGGGAUUUCGCCCGUAUCAGUGUAAUCCAGAAUGACCUUCGAGAAAUGAAAGAAGUCUGGGAUCAAUGGGAUGUCGAGACCAAGCAGCUGUUCUAUUGCAACUACGGUGACCUGCCUUAUCUGCUCAGUGUCAAAGUGGACAAGUAUUUAUUUCGACCCCUUGCUCAAUUUUGGAAUCCCGCCUAUGGUUGUUUCACUUUCGGAAAAGUAGACUUGACGCCUACUGUAGAGGAGUAUACGACCUUGCUUCGGUGCCCAAAGAUUCAAGUCGACAAGGCUUAUUCUAGAGCUGUUGGGGCCCUUCCGUUAUUAAAGAAACUAAUGAACAUUACUGGGAUGAGUGAGCAGUGGGUUGCUGCCCGAAUCCAGCAGAAAGGCGAUAGUAAAUGCGUUCCUUGGAAAAGCUUGCGAAAUUUGGUGCUGGUACAUCCUGAUGUAAAGAAAAGGGUCGAUGUCUUCGCUUUAGGUAUCUACGGAUUAGUGGUCUUCCCCAAAGCAUUAGGACAUAUAGACGAGGCCGUUUCUGAUCUAUCUUUGAACGCAUGCCGGAGAGCUGGAGAGGGAAGGUUCAUUGGAUGUGCUCAGCUCUUACUAGCAUGGUUUCAUAGCCACUUCUGGAAAGUAGAAAAGAUCUCUUAUCGGGUAUUCUCUGAUAGCUACUCUCCUCUAGAAGAAUUGGUAACCACGCCAAGACGGGAUGACGUUUCAGAAGAAAAGUGGAUGGCGAUACUCCAGAAUCUCCUAGAUGAAGAUAUUGAGUGGAGGGCUCCUUGGCUAAUUCCUGAUGAGAUUUUAUACAGGUGUGGAGAUUUUGACUGGGUUCCUCUGCUCGGAAUAUGGGGAGCUAUCGGAUAUGCUCCUCUGCUCGUAUCAAGACAAUUUAGAUCACGAUAA